AUGGCAGCCUCUACCAAAAAUGAGAACGGCGUGUCUGGCGCGGACAAAUUCGACGACGUCAAACUCGAGGUUCAACCCGGUCAAAACAAUCAUGAAACACCGCUCACCACAUUCACCGAGGAGGAGGAGCGGGCGCUGGUAUGGAAGCAAGACAUGGCCAUUCUGCCCUUGUCGGCAGCGAUCUAUUUUCUUUGCUACCUCGAUCGCUCCAACAUAGGGAAUGCGAGGAUCCUCAACUCCAGCACCAAGAACGACAUGCAAUCAGAAACCCACACCACCAGCUACCAGUUCACCAUUGCGCUGCUGGUGUUUCUUGUAGCAUACGCCAUCUUCGAGGUGCCAUCCAACAUCCUGCUCAAAAAGCUGCGACCGUCGCGCUGGAUCGCAUUUUUGAUGUUCAGCUGGGGCGCCAUCACCAUCGGCUUGGGCGGCACCUCCACCUUUGGCCAAAUCACCGGCGUUCGCUUCCUGCUCGGCAUGUUCGAGGCCGGCCUGUUCCCCGGCUUGGUCUACUACCUGACUUUUUGGUACAAGGCCGAGGAGCGCUCCGUCCGCGUCGCCUUCAUCCUCGCCAGCGCCACCCUGGCAGGCGCCUUUGGUGGUGCUCUCGCCUACGCGAUAGGUCACAUGAACGGUGUGCACGGCCUGUCGGCCUGGCGCUGGCUCUUUAUCCUCGAGGGUCUGCCCAGCUGCCUAUCCGCAUUCGCCGUUUGGUUCCUGCUUCCGGACUUCCCCGAGGAGUGGUCGCGGCUGUCGACCAGGGAGCGCGACAUUUCCCAGGCCCGAUUGGCGAUCGACGGCAGCAAGCAACACCACAGCAGCAUGAGCUGGGCCGAGGCGAAGGCCACCCUGACUGACUGGCGACUCUACGGACACUACGCCAUCUACUUUGGCAUCUCGACCCCAUUCAGCAGCCUGUCUCUGUUCACGCCCACCAUCACUGCCGGCCUGGGAUACUUUGACCUGCAGGCGCAACUCAUGACAGUGCCUCCAUACGCUGUAGCCUAUGUCGUGCAAAUAAUCACCUCGUACUCUGCCGACCACUUCAACGCCCGCGGCAUCCACUCGGCCGUCUGCGCCAUCAUGGGCGGCGUCGGCUUCCUCGUCUCGGGCAUACUGCCGCCAUCCGCCUUUGCCGCGCGCUACGGCUGCCUGAUCCUCGGGUCCGCGGGCGCCUUCAGCUGCAUCCCGCCGCUGCUCGGCUGGCUCUCGUCCAACAUCUUCAGCACGGGAGCCGUCGGCCUCGCCAUCGCCAUCAACGUCAGCAUCGGCGGCGGCCUGGGCCAGAUCCCCGGCGUGUGGAUCUACAAGCCCGAGGAGGCCAAGCUGGGCUACCCGACAGGGCACUUCACCAACGCCGCGCUGCUCUUCUUUGUCGCCGCGGGCGCGCUGGGCCUGAGGUUUUACUAUGGGCAGAGGAACGCCAAGCUUCUGAGGGAGAACCCUGCUGGGAACGUGCGGGUUUUUAAGCUGUAG